UUGAUGGCGUUAAAAAGAAUGGGAAUUGUCAAAGACUAUGAGAAGAUCCGUACCUUUACAGUUGCAGUAGUAGGUAUAGGUGGAGUUGGCAGCGUGACUGCUGAAAUGUUGACAAGGUGUGGCAUUGGUAAGCUGCUUCUCUUUGAUUAUGACAAAGUGGAAUUGGCAAACAUGAACAGACUCUUCUUCCAACCUCAUCAAGCUGGAUUAAGUAAAGUGCAAGCGGCAGAGCAUACUUUGAGGAAUAUUAAUCCUGAUGUUCAAUUUGAAGUACAUAACUACAACAUCACAACACUGGACAACUUUGAACAUUUCAUGGAUAGAAUAAGUAAUGGUGCACUAGAGGAAGGGAAGCCUGUCAAUCUUGUUCUAAGCUGCGUGGACAACUUUGAAGCUCGCAUGGCGAUUAACACGGCCUGCAAUGAACUCGGACAAAUCUGGAUGGAAUCUGGAGUGAGUGAAAAUGCCGUGUCAGGACAUAUACAGCUCAUCAUACCUGGUGAAUCUGCUUGUUUUGCGUGUGCUCCUCCACUUGUAGUUGCUGCAAAUAUUGAUGAGAAAACAUUGAAACGAGAAGGAGUUUGUGCAGCUAGUCUUCCUACAACUAUGGGUGUGGUGGCAGGAAUUCUGGUACAAAAUGUUCUGAAAUACCUGCUAAAUUUUGGUACUGUGAGUUAUUAUCUUGGUUACAAUGCGAUGCAGGAUUUCUUUCCAAGUAUGUCCAUGAAGCCAAAUCCACAAUGUAGUGACCACAAUUGCAGAAAACAGCAAGAAAAUUAUAAGAAAAAAGAAGCUGCACAACCAAAACAAGAAAUAAUUGAACAGGAAGAAGUAGUAGUACAUGAAGACAACGACUGGGGCAUUGAAUUAGUAUCAGAAAUUUCAGAAGAUGAGCUGAAGGCUGCAUCUGGCCCAGUACCUGAGCUUCCCGAGGGAAUUACUGUAGCAUAUACUAUCCCAAACAAGGAAGAGGAUUUGGUAACUGAGGAAAUGGUAGCAGAGUCUGAAGAAAGCCUAGAAGAACUCAUGGCCAAAAUGAGAAACAUGUAGCAAAACA